CGUCCCAGCUGAAACCAAUCCUUAGGCCCACCAAAGGCGGGCGCCUUUCUCCAUGUUUCUGCAACCUUCGAGGGCCCCUUUCCGCCUGUGUAAAGACCAGUGACGACUCCGAGGCAGCUUUGUGCGAUGGUUCAUGCCCAAAAAACGAGACAAUUCCCUUGUUUGCUUCGUUUGCAAGGCUUCUCGCAGCGGUAGUCCGUUUGAGUCGAUCUGUGCCCGAAAUCAAGAUUAAUUGCACCUUUGAACCUUGUUGUUUGUUUGUUUGUUUUCCUUCUUUUUGUUUUUGAUGUAUUUGUUCUGUUGAAGCAGGAGUGUAGUGCUAGGAUCCUUUACGAAUCGGCAGUUCAAAGAACAGAGCUGGUGGUGGUAGUGGUUAGUAUAUCAGGAAUUUGGGUGGCGGUGGAGGAUGACGACGAGAUAUAUGCCUGAGCUUGAUCUGUAUGGGCCACCUGAGCCCAUUUGGGUCAUCAACAACCGUCGGCGGCUUGUCGGUCAACCUAUGGAUCCCUACUAUCGUCCAGGAGCCGAGUUUGGCCCCUACUCUAGAGGAUUGCUUGUGCCGGAUGUGCAUCUGAAGGCUCCCAUUUAUACCUUGGAAGACAUCGCCAGAAUCAAGGAUGCUCUGGCGUUAGAAGGUGUCUACAACGUGAUAUGCGACAUUCCAGAUCAAACAGUGAUAGUGUCCACCAGACUAAGCCCCAGCACAAUUACUAGUCUAGUACGACAAGUGAUUGGGGAGGCAACGCUGAUCAAUGUUGUUGAACCUUAUCCCCUUACAGCUCCAGUUGUAAGGCCCAGAUACUCUGCAUACGAUGACAUGUACACUUAUCCAAGCAUCUACGCUCCCGUCUUCGAUCCUUACAGCGGUCGAUCAUAUGGCAACGAGUUUCGACCCGCCCGCUACUACACUGGUUACUACUAAGUUGCUGAUCCCCAGCGCCAGUCGAGAGCAACUGAAAUUUUGCAACUUUGCGGUGGUAUACUUCGUGCAGGUGUUCAGGAUGAGCAUCUACGGUGAAAAUGUUGAUACCCAAUCAACGUAGCAUAUGUUCAAUGGAUAAUGAUUACAAUAUACAGUCAGGUAGCCUUGUAUUGGGUGGACUUGCAGUUGGCUGAAUUUUGUUAAGGUAAACCUCGAAGUAGUUGGUUGCAGCAGCCCAUUCGGCAUUGGAAAGUCCUCGUUGACGCCCUGCUGGUUUUAAUUGCGAUGCUGCAGCUGCGUUUCACACAGAAAGUUCUGUGAACAAGAGAUAGACCAUGUCUUCGGAGCUGGGAAUGUUGGGAUAUUGCCUCCCCAAAACGAUAGCUUGUAUCUCACAGAUGUGUAAUUAAUGUACAGGAAGUUACAUAGCCAAGAAACUGCCGCUGUUUUUCUGAUCGCACUCUGUAAACGUGUUCAUUUGUUGUGUUA